GUGCGACAGAGGAAAACGACCCCAUGUGGCAAGGAGCGCGGCUAUGAGGCACCUGUGAGGGGAUGCGGAAGCUCAUGGAAGCCGGCCCAGGCAGACAGAUCUCUUUCGGAUGCUGGUUCAGUGGCAUAGAAAUGACCGAAGCACAUUGUAAUAGCACAUGCGCCAACGGAAACGAGAUACACAGAGGAAACGGUUCCUCGGACGGUGAUGUAUGGCGCUGCCGGGAGCAUACAGACGGCAUUUUGUAGUCGCCGAGGCUAGCAAGCAUGUAAUAUGAAAAUACACUAGUCAGCAAAAAGCUAUCAUCUCAGGGCACGAAGUGGCCAAAAAAUGCUCACAGCUCCGAUCACCCACUAUGUCCAUAGACAUGGGCUCUAACACUAACAACAAUCGAUUCGUUAUAAACCUUCAAAAGGGGAAUGGCUUGCUGACAGUCGUCUGGAUGCGUCUGUGGCAUGCGUGUCUGUUCACGUCAGAUGUUGUAACGUAUACAAUACACACGCGGUGAAAUGCCACUCACCCCAGCUGGGUGCAGUUUUGAAAAAGGAUGACUCUUCGUUAGUGAUCCGCAUUACGUUACACGUCGCUCAGGAGACGCGCCCUUGAGGUGGCCCUUCGUAGCUGUUCGCACUUCGUGCCUGCUGAUUGAUUCGAUAUACCAAUACAUCGGCAUACCUGCGUUGCUCUUCAUUGCGUACCCAUUCAGCCUAAUGCCGUUGUGGACGAGCAAGCAUAUAUCAUAUUUGCUCUGAUUCCGCAAUUGCUACGUCGUUCCCGCGUAGGACGUGCCAGUACUGUUCGGAUGUACUAGCUAUUGCUGCGAAUUCAAUCGCUGAACGCUGGUGUUGCUGCGUGCAGGUCAGACCCAUGCGUGCUGCAGCGACGCCGUUUUAUGUACACAAACUGCGGCGCUGGACGAGUGGUGGAGCGCACCGAAGGAUCGUCCUGCCUUUUUUCCGUGUUGCCGGGCACCGCUAGCGAAAGGGUAUCACACGUAAUCUGGUAUUUGAAAUGAGAAGAGGCAACAGAAAAAGGCAAUACUACGAGUGGCAGUGCUUUCGGAGGCGCUCUGUCGUAACCCGCCUCAGCCGCGCUGCAAGCAACAGACCCCAAUGCUUCAUCGCUUGCAGACACUCCCCUACCCCCGCCCCCCAUACGUCGCUCCUUGCGGCAGGGUAAUCUGCAUUUUGGCGAAAAUCAGUAAGAUGGGACCAAUAAGGCGACAUACAAGUUGUUUCAACUAUUCUUCUAUCGUUUCGUGUCAGAAGUCCACAGGACAGCUGUAGAGCGACGCUGGAAGAUUCAAUUCACACUAGAGUACCUGUAGCGAGGACCUCAAAACGUAGUCGAUUUGUGACUGGCGGGAGAGGCUGUCAACGGCACCUUGGAAAUCCUCAUGGAAUACAGAUGGGCCGGGUUACAUGGGCGCCAUCAAAAACUAUCCCGUCGCAACCAGUUCUCAUUUUUUGCAUCUGCUGCUCUCGGAAUGCCAUGACGGAGGUGGUGAAGGCAUCGUGUCACUCACUUUGGCACUCAAGGCGGUUAAUGCCUCUCUUUCGCAGUGACUUGCAUUCGAAGCGUGUGUCGAGCUUCGCGCCUGAACUGAGAGGCAAGAAUGAGUGCAGCUGGUCGACCAACAGUACAGUUUCGUCCCCCAGCUUUGUAUAAUUUCAGCAAUUCUGUUCACUUUCGUGCGCGAAGAGUACCUGAUCGCUUUUGUCUGGGUUAGACUGGGGCAGCGCGGCGUAUCCCCUGUCUCUGGACUCUGGACUCAGGGACCACGCGACAAAUAUGCGACGCGGUCACCACUGUCCUCCAGCCUGUCAUUCCUGGGCAGUAGCCGUUGCUGUCGCCCCAUCAGCGUCCCAGUUUUGUGCGUAGUCCUUGAGUUCCACCUUUUUCAUGGUUUCCGUUUUGUCUGGUAUGUGGAAGGCGAGUUUGUUCUUAGACCGUUUCGUUCGCUGAAGUAUCGAAGCAGCAGCUGACGCAGCCCACACGGAUCGCUCGCUCAUGGGGCGCUCGUCGCCCCCCGUCAUGCAAGUCGAUCGAGCGGAGUUGCCCACGCGUGUUUAUCCAUGGUUGCAUUUUUUGUAAAUGCUGCUUAAUCGAGAGGCGGUAACACAUUCAGAAUAGUGAUGGAAAAAGAGAUUCCAGCGUGUGGGAAAGAGUUUCAGAAAAUGUCGGCCGAUCUUGAACAAGUCCGGCACGGUCCGCGGCACGCGGCUCAUGCCAAGAGCCUGCACAUUGACAACGUUUGUUCAGUCGGUGACGAAUUCAGCGGCAAGUUUGUUGGGAUAUUUAGUGAAGAGCUCUCUGAGUCCUUUUCCGGUGGAAGGAACACCAGGGCCUCAAGUCAGGAAGUGUCUGAGGGCCUUGCUCCACAUAUGUUCGGCGACACAGAAAGUCAACCGGUGGAUGGCAGCGAGACAGAUACGCCGUUAGCGCCUCAUUUUCCAUCUCUUACCGUCAGCGAGUCAAUAUUGAGACCCUCAGGAGAAACUCCCGACGUGUGUGUAGCGGAUGGUGAAGGUCACAGAAUGUGUGCCUCCGUCGUAUCUGAUAGCGUAGAUGCAAGCUUACCAUCUUCCGUCGGUAGCGGCAUUGUCGGAGACAAAGCGGCACUGGGGACAGGUGGUGCCUUGAAUAAGGGGUGUGUAGACGAUAGAGAGGACGUUUCUGUGCCUGAUGUAUUUGCAUCAGAAGUCCCCCGUAGCAUACCCUCGACCUGCGAGACCAGCAUUCGAAGUCAACGGGCCUUUGACAAUUUCCCAAACAGGGAACUUUCAGUCACAAUCAGCAGCCGUGUAGUCGACGACAGUGGCGCAUAUGGUCUUGAUCGUGAACUUUCCACUGAGUUCACAGGGGAGCUGUACCACGGUAAUUCCUGUUCAUGGGAUCCGUGCAUCAAUGAAGACGACCGCAACGCCAAGUGCAGCCAAGUGACGAAUUCCAGCAGCACGGUAGUUCUCCAAGGUAAUGCCGAAAAGGACGACAUGCCAGAUAAUGGCCACACUUUGGUCCGCGAGUUGAUCGAGGAAUUUGGAAAACGGCGAACUAAUUUCUCUGUGUUGGUUCCGAAGGUGCUGAACUUGGUUCGCUUGUUUUUCCGUCGAUCAGAGAUGGGCUGUUGGGAUUCUCCGAUUCCAGCACCACUGCCAACUUGUGCUGCCUUCAACGAUGGUGACCAGGCGAAGACGGUGCGUUUGCUAGAGGAUUUUUUCCCUUUUUUCAGUUCGCAGGGAGGUCUGCUGCUCUGCACACAAGGUCGUCGUUUAGAAUCCGGUGGAGGAGGGAAGUACUACUUCCAAGAUAAACAUGGAAGAGUUGUUGGAUGUCACAAGCACGAUUUAGCUGAGUACACCGCGCAGGGCUGUGUCAGUUCUCCAGUUCUUUUGAAGACGUUACUCUUUUGUCUGGUCCUGAAACCACUACCGCGGUCGACACAACGAGGUGCAGAGACGCCAGUCGCUGGAGCUACAGGCGGAGUGCCACUGAAAUCGCACACGUCCACGCUUUCGCCGAAUAAUUUUCUGUCACAGCGAGCUUCAGCGGUGUGUGAUGGCACGGACCAUGAAGUUAGCAAAGCGUCCAAGAGCCCAACUCCCCCCCUCCCGGAUCAGCGGCACACGGGACGUAGAUCAUGCGCCGCCAGCGAAAAGCCAUUUAUCCAUUCUGCGAGCCUAGAAGACCGUGCGUUUCCUUCCAAAGGUGACGUGCCUGUAGGGCUCGGAGAAAGAGAGGCUCAAUUGUGGAAAGCCGUUUUAGACGUGAAAGAACUUGUGGGCCAGACAGAGAGACUCAUGUCCUGUGUAAACAUUGAGGCGGGUCAGUCGACAGGAACGUCCACGUCGCCAGGACCGAGAUCGCGAAAUCCGAUGCCACUGCCAGGUGAUAGGGAAUAUCUCUCGCUGGAUGCGGAACGUGCCUGCAUGGGCUGUGAGGACUCUGGAGAGUUUGGUAGCUUCCUCUCCUCUUACCACUUCCAGACAAGCACUGUCCGGACCAGCAACCCACAGCGUCUUGUGCGAGUGUAUCGUUCGCUAGUUCAGAAAGAAAAGACCCAUACAGUCGAGCAUUUGAUUCGCGUGUGGUCAGUGACGCUUCAUAUCCAUGACACUGAGGAGGCGAACAAUUGCAACAGUGGUGGAAUACAUAAGGAACAAUCGACGUCUGGCUGGGAAAGUGAUGCAGGCCGCGGAGACAUGUCAGGGGGUGGAUACUCGGCAGAUACUGUGAAUUCACAACAGCGGGUGAAGGCGGAGUCAGCCAAGGGAGGUGCUGGGAUACAGGCUGGACGCAACAGUCGACAUCAGUUGGACACCACUGGGGUUGGAGAGCGAAUUGAAAACAUGGCAGAUACGCAUUCACACGUGAAUAGAUGCUUGGAGCAAACAGCAGUCGGUGAGACGUCGUCGCUGACCAGGAAAGAAGACAGAGGUGCCAUGUGGCGCCCAUGUGUGUCCCUGUUGUGGGUCAAACCCUUACCUCUUGAGCAGUCGAUGAUGAAAUGGAGCCGGCGCUCAGUGAUGACAGAAGCGUCACUGAGUGACUGCUGUGAGAACAACAGUAUGGCGUACACGUUUCCAAGUGUUGUUUCAGGUGGGCGUUCCUACGAUGAAAGAUCUCACACUGUGAACAACGUAAACGAAAGGGACGAACUGCAGCCUCAUCGUGUCGCCUCCUGCGCUUCGACCCGCUUGCCGUCUCAUCCAUCAUCCGCCACCUAUACGCCAUCUCUGCUUUCUCCUGUUUCGUGUGUUCGAGGAGCAUCUCCUGGACGAGGUAGCAGAGACGACAUGUUGCAACACUCUCUGGAUUUAGCUGGUUUAGAGAGCCUCAAACGUGGAAGACACAUGACUGCUUGGCUGGCGAGGAGGGUUGCAACAUCUCGGUUGCAAGGUCUAUCAAUCAGAGAUGGGGAGGGAACAACACGCGAAAGAGCGCAGUUUACAAAUACCAACAGGGACAACGUUUUUCCUCUGAAUGAGGAAGGAGCUAACGAACGGUGUAACGACUGGGAAAGAGGUAGUCGAGGCAGUGCAGGCACGGAUGAGCAGGAAGAGGAUCUGCAUAGUCUUUUGGUUCCAAAGUCCCGACGAGUCAGUGGUACUGGCCGGCUUGGUGGUGGAUACAGUGCUGGACGAAUAAUACGUGGGUGUGUCAACGGUAUACGGCAGCACACGCUGUUACCACAUAAAGAAAAAACUCGUUUGUCAUCGGAAGUAGACGGGGAGUUCGACUUUGUCGUACCAGGCCGUCGGCGGAUCAGUAUGGGGGGACCAUCAUCGGCGUCCAAGCCACACGGUGGCCGACGAGGAGAGCUCGUGGAGCAGAUGGACAAGAUCCGCGUAUGCCAAAUGAAGGACAUGUGUGGGAAAUUAACCCCGCUUUUAUCACAAGUGCAAGAUGUCGAUUCCCUUAACAUACUCCGGACACUGGUAGAAUCGGCGUUUUCAACAAGAAUGAAGGCACGAUUGUCAGCAGGACCAGGUGCGCCGAUGCACGAGAAUUCGUCAGAUACUGAUUCAGGUCUGGUCCAAGAGCUGAAGCAAAGUGUGGCUAAUGACAUGUGUAUCGGAGGAUGUUCGCAUGGUGAGUGGAGGUGGACAUCGGGCCAGCUGCCGGUGCAAGGCUUGAGAGUUUCUCACGAAGCAGGAGAGUUGCAGUUGUCGCAGUGUUCUUUCAAUAGUGCUGUGAGGCGUCUCUCUGCGAAGCAGAAGGUUUCUCCAUCGCAGUUGCUUGGGCAGCGCAAACGGGUCGGCGACAACAUGAUUCAUGACAUCAGGGAAUUCGACUGGGUGUGCCGAGCCAACGAGUCAUGGAAGAGGCAGAAAAGAGGAGGGUCAUAACUAAGGGCUCGGGAGGGAGGUCGUUUUGCAGAGAACGGAAAAUGUCUCUGCAUCAAAUACAACGGUGUUGGCAGUUUUCAUGGCUGACGAAGCAGAGCAUUCCGAACAUUCGGAUUUCCUCCAGAUAGCCCCCAGAGGCUGUUGUGAUCCACAUGGUCCAGCUCAGGAUAUAUUAUCCUUGGAGGCGGAUGGCGAUCUGAAGCGAUACUGAAAGAGGCAAGAACGCCAAAACCGCUCGAGGGUUCUGCGGGAAUAGGCAUUGGUGAUGUAUAGGUGUGAGGGAGUGGCAAUUCAGUCGCUUCUUGAAUUGCAUUAGUGGUGCCAGGGUGUGAAACGCGCACUCACGUCGACCUAAAGACACGUCACGGGUCCGGGAGGCACUUUGUUAAUUCGAUACAACGGCGAAUAACUGUUGAAUGCUAAUCAGUUCUAAGAGAGGUUCGACAAAAGUGUAUGUUCCGGAGUGUCACAUGAAGGGAUAGUUUUAUUGAGAUGCGACAGCUGUGCACACAAGCACACUGUAACAGCCGUUGUCAGGUUUCUGAAUGGACUGAAUGAUAUUUUUAGGCAUGUUUGCCAUGUUUUCUAAUCAACAAGGGAUGAAUCUGGUUCGUUGGUAAACUGCAUCAAAAAAAGUAUUGUGUUUAUUCCUGAUAAUCUGACGUCAAUCAAGUGGUAACCCAAGAAAACAGUCUUCUCAGACCUCA